CUGCCACAAGCCAAGAACGGGUUUGCUCAUCCUAACAAUUCAAAGAAAGGACAUAUUGAUCUUCUCAAGUGUGCUGCAGAAAAUUAACCUGAAGACCAUUUGCAAGUUUGGAUGCUUUAAAGUGUUAAUAAGGGUGUCCUACAGUGGCUUCAUUGUAGCUGCAAGCAAGAAGGUUCAAGUUUACAAUUGAUCAAGAGUUUAAAAUAUUUGUGUCUUUAAGGGUUGUUAGUAAUUGCAGACAUGUGUUUAAGGGUUAUAAGAAUAAGCUACUAAAGCAGUCCUGGAUUUUACGCAAGGUUUUAUUUAAAAGAAGUAACCAAGUUUGUUACAAGCUAUAAGGCAGUGUUAUUUUAUGUUAUCAGAUACCUGUUGGCACUGUUCCUUUACUUAGCCUAACAUGUCAGUCACAAAUCUCUCUAAACUUAGUGACAAUCCUGAGGCAGAGACUGUCACCAGGCCUCAGCAAAACCCUCCACUGUGCAGUUCUCCUCUGCAAAACACAGAUGGUCCACAAGAAGUUCAAGUAACAUCAGAUGUUCAUCCAUCAACAAAUGAAGAGCUGCAAGCAAUAAUGAACAACAUUAACACUGCUUCCAGCGAACUAAACACAGCAUAUGAAAACUGGCAUCAGGUGGACAUUCCUGAUAACAAUGCACGCCGCAGAAUUGAUACUUGCGAGGAGGUAACAAGAACUGUUAUUAAGACUGCACAAAGACGUUUGAGAGGAAAGGCACCAGUCAAACCACAGUUUAAUGUAAAUGAAUCUGUUUUAAUGUCUGAGAAAUCAUAUGGCGUCAGUAAGCACUCACAGGUUUCCAGUCAAUACAAACAGUCACACACUGCAUCAAGAGUCGCUUCUAAGUCCUCCAGUGCGUCAUCCGUGAGCAGACAAGAAGCUGCUGCUAAAAUCGCUGCAGCCCAAGCAACAUUGGAAAUUCUACAUGAACAACAGUGUCAGCAAGCAGAGCUUCUGCAGCUGGAAGCAGAAGAUAAAAGACAGAUUGCAGAACAAACAGCUGAAGCCUGUAGACGACGUUUAAGAAUGGAGGAUGAAGAAGCACAGUUUCAAGCAAAACUUGAGAUUGAAAAUGCUGCCAGGCGAAAGGUUUUGGAAGACAAACGCAAGGAACUGGAACGAUUGGAAGCACUCAAACAGUUAAGGGUGGCUAAGGCAACCAUGCAAGUGUAUGAGCAAAAGCAAGAUGAAGACUCAGAAGAAGAAAUUAAGCAGUUACUGCAUGAAUGUAAAACUGAAAGCCAAAGGGAAGGGGACCGAUUUCAGCACACAAGUCACAUACGUAACUCACCAGAGUUACACUUACCACAACAAGCUGUUAUACAUCCACAGCAUGACGGUGGCAUCGCAGCACUUGCCAUGGUAUUAGCAGAUUCUAUUAGUGCCAGUCGUCUUCCUAUGCCAGAGCCGACAACAUUUAGUGGUGACCCGCUAAAGUAUAAGAACUGGAAGGCUGCCUUUCAAACUUUAAUUGAAAGAAAAAACAUACCAGCCUCUGAGAAAAUCUACUAUUUGUGCAAGUAUGUUAGUGGACCAGCUAAGAAGGCUGUUGAAAACUAUUUUCUGUUAGGCACCGAGGCUGCUUAUAAGGCAGCAUGGGAAGUCUUAGACGAGAGAUUUGGAAACUCCUUUCUUAUUGCCAAAGCCUUCAGAGACAAACUCAGUGCAUGGCCCAGAAUUGGCUCCAAGGACAGUUUGGAACUUCAGGAAUUUGUGGACUUUCUACGGAGCUGUGAAGCUGCGGAAAGCCAGAUUAAAGGUCUAGAGGUUCUUAAUGAUUGCAAUGAGAAUCAAAAAAUCCUCUCCAAGCUCCCCGACUGAUUGACAUCAAGGUGGAAUAGGAAAGUCCUGACGAUAGAAGAGGAGACUGGCAGAUUUCCAAGCUUCAGCCAGUUUGUGCAGUUUCUCAUAAAGGAAGCCAGGAUCGCAUGCAAUCCUGUGACUUCACUCCAUGCCUUGAAACAGUGCGAUGGAGAAAGGGCCAAGCCACAACGAAACCAGACUCCUGCAGCUAAAGUUCUAACAACAAACACUGAUGAGAAGAUUGCUGCCAGCAGUUGUCUGUUUUGUGAAAGACCAGGCCACAGUCUGUACAAAUGUAGAAGAUUUCUGGAACGACCAAUAUUGGAACGACACAGGUUUGUUCAAGAUAAUAAGCUAUGCUUUGGUUGCUUAAAGCCUGGACAUCACUCGAGAGACUGUAAGUACAGAAGCACUUGCAGUACAUGCCAGAAAAGGCAUCCAACUUGCUUACAUGAUGAUCGAAGAGAAGAACAGAAGACACGAAAGACUGAAGGAAUAAGGCAGGAAGCUAGACACAGAGAACGAACCAAUGAAUAUCUAGAAGAAAGGCAAGCUAAAGUAAUAAGUGAAGCAACAUCCAACAGAGUUCAGCAUGACAGCACCAACAUCCAGACAUCCACAAUCAUUCCUGUGUGGGUUUCAAUGAUGAAAGAGCCUGAUAGAGAAACACUUGUGUAUGCUCUCCUUGAUACGCAAAGUGACACAACCUUCAUUCUUGAGGAGGCAGCAGAUUCUCUAAAUGCAAAGGGGGAACAGGUCAAGCUAAAGUUAUCUACUAUGGCCUCUACAAACAAAGUUGUAGCUUGUCAAAGGAUCUCUGGGUUGCAAGUUAGAGGAUUCAGCUCAGAGAAGAAAAUAACUCUUCCUACAACCUACACAAGAAAGUUCAUUCCGGCGAACAGAGACCACAUACCCACACCAGAGACAGCAAUGGCAUGGCCCCAUCUUGAGCAGAUUGCAGAUAAGAUUGCUCCUCGUCAAGGGUGUGAUGUUGGUCUACUAAUUGGCUACAACUGUUCUCAGGCACUCCUUCCUAGAGAAGUGGUGUGCGGUGAAGAAAAUCAACCAUUUGCACAGAGAACAGACUUGGGAUGGAGCAUUAUUGGACAUGGCAACCCAUACGUAGACUGUGGAGACGCUAUUGGAGUGAGUCAUCAAGUCAUCAUAAGGCAAGUGACACCGGAUCUUCAGCUUCCAUCGAGUCCCAAACAGGAAGUUCACUAUGUAUGCAGAACACAGAUCAAGGAAGUCAUCUCAUCUGACAUAAUUAAGGCGCUUGAAUGUGACUUUAAUGAGAAAGUUGCUGAGGACAAUCACUUCUCUCAAGAUGACCUCCAGUUUUUGUCGAAAUUGAAACAAGGAAUCAAACACAAGGAAGAUGGUCACAUUGAGAUGCCUCUUCCAUUUAAAAGAGAAAGGCCGAGCUUGCCAGACAAUAGGGUGUGUGCUAUCCAUCGCCUUAAGCACCUAGAAAGGAAAUUAAGGAGAAACAGCGGAUAUUACCGGGACUACAAACACUUCAUGGAAGAGACCAUAGCACGUGGAAAUGCUGAGAAGAUCCCCAAAGCUGAUCUCCACAAUCACCCAGUGUGGUACAUUCCACAUCAUGGUGUUUAUCACCCGCAAAAGCCUGGGAAAAUCCGCGUUGUUUUUGACUGUUCAGCCCGGUUUCAGGGGACAUCUUUAAAUGAUCAUCUGUUGACUGGUCCAGAGCUGACAAAUUCCCUUGUUGGUGUCUUGUGUCGGUUUCGCAAGGAAAAAAUUGCAAUCAUGUGCGACAUAGAACGUAUGUUCCACCAAUUUCACGUGAGGGCAGAAGACCAAGAUUACCUUCGCUUUCUCUGGUGGGAGAAUGGAGAUUUGGAAGCACAGCCAGCAGUCUAUCGCAUGAGAGUCCAUUUGUUUGGAGCUGCCUCAUCUCCAGGCUGUGCUAAUUAUGGUCUCAAACAUC